CUCACUAUUUAUGUAUUUAUAUUACAUGUAACUUAUUGUCGGCAUUUUAAAUCAAUAAAAUUGAUUUUUUGUUUUGAAAUUGACAACUUUUCAAUUUAUUACACAUCAAGAUGCAUUUAACGGCAUUUUUAAUGCUUUCCAAACGCAAGGCACCUCAUGGAAUAAAAUACCGAGGAAAAAAUCGAGUUGUACCAAAACCAAAAAUGGAACACUUAUUUAUGCUCCGACAUCGUCUGGAACGUGACGAAGAAAACAUGCUAAUUUUACGGCACCCGUAUUUGACAUCCGAACAGUCCCGAAAUUAUAUGAAAGAUCUAAAAGUACCAGUGCCUCUAUCCAUCGUGGGUAACAGAAAGAGGAACGAAUUGUUUAACAAACACUUCAGUUGGGUUGACCAACUAGCUCAUCUACGCGUCAGAGAUGCUUGGGAAUAAUUAUUAUUAAAAUACUUACUAUUAUUUCUGUAGGUUGAUAACAAUCUUUGUUUUUCAAAAAUUGAGUAAUUAAAUUUGUAUUAAUUUUAA